UAACAUUACGCACGAGACUCAACAGCUGGCAACUUGACUAUGUUUCGACCUGAAGAGCACGGCCUGGAGGCCGACUUUCGUCUAACUAUGUUUUCCACACUUCGAGGGUGAGGCUGCAAAGUCCCCGAAGAGAAGCUCAAUGAAUAUCUCAGGGGAACAGAAAUAGUUAGUAAGGCACCCAAAAACGAUGACGACUAUAUUGGCUCUGGAAUGGAUUGCGCAGUUAUACCUUUAGCUAGACACAAGGACUAUUCUCUAGUGCAGACAGUUGAUUUCUUUUAUCCGCUCGUUGAUGAUCCCGAAACAAUGGGUCGUAUUGCCUUGGCCAAUGUGCUGAGUGAUGUUUACGCCGUGGGAGUUACGGAUAUUGAUAAGCUUGAGCUGCUCAUCAGUGCACCAUCGAAUCUAACGGAAAAGCAACGCGACAUUGUGGUGCCACUCAUCAUGAAGGGUUUCCAACGAGCCUCUAAGGACAGUGGUUGCUUUGGCAGUAUAACCAUCAAAAGCGUCAUAAUCAAUCCUUGGUGCAUUGUGGGUGGCAUUGCCACAUCCGUUUGCCGCAAACAGGACAUCAUCUUACCCUGGAAUGCCAAAGCUGGCGAUGUUUUGGUGCUAACGAAACCGCUUGGAACUCAGCUGGCGACGAGUGCUCACAUUUGGCAAAAGGAGAAAAAUGAGAAAUAUCAAACGCUUUUAACUGCUUUCACAGACAUCGACAUACUCGACACAUUUCAAAUGGCAAUUAAAUCAAUGACAUACUUAAACCGAAAUGCUGCGCUUUUAAUGCACAAAUAUGAAGCACAUGCGGCAACUGAUGUGACCGGCUUUGGCUUGUUGGGCCAUGCAAAGAAUCUCGUCGAGUUUCAGAAGCAGUCGCUUUUAUUUAAAAUUCACAAAUUGCCCAUCAUUAAAAAUGUUCGCAAAUUUGGUGAAUUAGUUGGACAAAGCGCAAAAUUGACGGCUGGCAAAGCUGUGGAAACAUCUGGUGGACUCCUCAUUUGUCUGACUCCAAAAGCAGCUGAGGAAUUUUGCGAGGAAUUCACGAAAAUAACAAAAGGCGCACAAAAGGUGUUUGUUAUUGGUGAAGUUGCCGAUACAAAUGUAUCAACAGCAAAUUUAGCUGAGAAUGUCGAGUAUAUCGAGGUUACACUGUAGCGUAUGUAAAACCAAUUAGUUUUAAUGCAUCGAAUUGAGGAUUCAACUUAUGACUAUUAUUUCGCAAAGGCUUUUAGCUGGGAAAUAUUAUGAAUUGUUUUAUAUACGUAUUAAUAAAAUAUUUGGCAUUCAGUUCGAUAAGUUAGAGCUAAUUAUUUUUACAAGUCUGUAAAUCUGUACCAAAAAUAUAAAUGUAAAUCGCAAAGAUUUAACUGAAAA